AACGCUGCUUCGAAUCCCUUUUGAUUUUUGAUUCCCAAUUGUUCAAAUCAAAACAAAACAAAGCAACUCACACCCUUUACCUACUACUAUUCAAGAAUCAAGAGCAAGCCAGAAGGAUUGUCAAAUCUAAAUCUCUACAAUCUUCCCUUUCACCUAAUCCAUCAUCAUCGUCAACGAAGCGAAGUUGUAAGCUUUCAUCUCUAUUCUGUUCCUUCAAUGAAAGAUAAUUCUUUCAUGGAAGACCCAUCAUCCAAAAACAACGCUUUGACCACAACUCUUAAGAACUCAAUCCAAGCACUUGGUAGAGGAUUUGAUGUCACCUCUGACAUCAGGCUAUUGUACUGCAAAGGUGCACCUGGGUCUCGUUUGAUUUACUUGGAUGACGAACAUACCAAGGAACUUGUUUUCUCAGAUGAUGGCUUUGUCAGCAUUCCUAAUGUUUCUGUUGAUAUCGAGUUUUCUAAAGGUGAAAGAACCACUGAAGCUACACCUGUUUCGAGCUUCCAUGAGAUGGCAAAAUACUUCAAUAAGAAAUCCAAUCUUGCUGGGGAUAUUCCUCUUGGAAGCUUCAAUGCGAUGUUCAAUUUUACGGGAUCUUUGCAACUUGAUGCAGCAUCAACAAGAUCCCUUGCAAUGAUUGGAUACAUAGUUCCAUUAUUUGAGGUCCGUUUAGAAAUUUCUGAUUUGGUUUUGCUUCAAGAAGUCAAGCGUGCUGUUCCAUAUUCCUGGGAUCCUGCAUCUUUAGCAAGCUUUAUUGAAAAUUAUGGCACCCAUAUUGUCACCUCUGCGACAGUUGGAGGAAGAGAUGUUGUUUAUAUAAAGCAGCAUCAGUCAUCUCCUUUGUCGUUAUCGGACAUUGAUAGUUAUGUGAAAGACAUUGGAGAUCACAGAUUCUAUGAUUCAAAAAGUCAAUCAAGUUCAGGCCCCUUAAAGUACAAGGACAAGGAUGUAACUGUAAUUUUUAGACGAAGAGGAGGUGAUGAUCUUGAGCAAAGUCAUGCGAAGUGGGCAGAGACUGUAGAAACAGCACCGGAUGUGAUCAAUAUGACCUUUACUCCUAUUGUUUCUUUGCUUGAAGGGGUACCUGGAAUAAAGCACUUGACCCAUGCCAUUGAGUUAUACCUGAAAUUCAAGCCACCUAUCGAGGACUUGCAGUAUUUUUUGGAGUUUCAAAUUUCUCGAGUUUGGGCUCCAGAACAAAGUAACAUUCAAAGAAAGGAGCCGGUUUGUCCGUCACUUCAGUUUAGUUUGAUGGGUCCGAAGCUUUACAUUAGUCUUGAGCAGGUGACAGUUGGACGUAAACCAGUCACCGGACUCCGACUAAACUUAGAAGGAAGCAAACAAAACAGACUAGCAAUCCAUUUACAACACUUGGUCUCCCUUCCCAAAAUCCUCCAACCCCAUUGGGAUGCACACAUGGCCAUCGGUGCACCCAAAUGGCAAGGUCCUGAAGAGCAGGAUAGCCGUUGGUUCGAACCCAUCAAAUGGAAGAACUUCUCGCAUGUAAGUACUGCACCCAUUGAACACACCGAGACUUACAUUGGCGAUCUCUCUGGGGUCCACAUUGUCACCGGGGCCCAGUUUGGCGUAUGGGACUUCGGUGCCAGAAGCGUCCUACACCUCAAGCUUCUCUUCUCCAAAGUACCAGGUUGUACCAUACGCCGAUCUGUAUGGGAUCAUAGCCCAUCCAACCUUCAAAAAGGCGGAGAUGAUAAGGGAGAUAGUUCAAGCCAAUCUGGGAAACUGGCGAAAAUCGUAGACAUGACCGAGAUGUCAAAGGGCCCACAAGACGUUCCAGGACAUUGGUUAGUCACUGGGGCUAAACUUGGGGUAGAUAAAGGGAAGAUCGUUCUACGCAUAAAGUACUCGUUAUUGAAUUACUGAUGAUGGUGGUUGUGUCAUGGUAGAUUCAUUCGGGUAAGCAUUUUUUGCACAGGUGAUCGUUCUUUUUGUGCAUUUUGUCAAAGUAGAGUUUACCAUUUUGUUGGUUCGUGUCGAGAUUUGUUUGUAGUUUGAUGAAUUAGGGGUUGUUUACUACCUGCUUAUCGCCAAAGAUGCUGCUAUUUACCAAGCUCCUGCUUACUGGAUCGAGAUGCUGAUCUGGCAAGUCAAAGGCGGGACUUAUAUGAUCAACGAGUAGUGUUGACCCAGCAUGGUUAGCACUUACCCAGUUUAUGUCGGUAAAUGAUACUUGGGCAAGUUUACUUGUUUUGGGUUCAUACAUGUAUAUGCUUUACACCAAAGUAGAAGUCUUGUAGGAUUGUUGAUGGUGGAUUAUGAAACAUGAAUGAGUAUUCUUUCAAUUUAUGAGGCCAUGUUUGUCUGCUUGU